UUUCACUUAAACACUUCCUGUGUAUUUCCCGUUUCUCAAACCAGGAAGAUGGAUUUGGGAUCGCCGAAAUGGGUUACAAUGUUAAUAGUUUGUUGGCUUUACAAAAGUGUAAACUGUAAUUCAGUUGAGCAGAAGAUCUAUGUGGAGCUUAACAACACUGUCCCGUGCGUGCGACUGCUCAACGCAACACAUCAGAUAGGCUGCCAGUCCUCUUUAUCAGGUGAUGUAGGGGUGCUUCAUGUAUUGGAAUCUGAGGCAGACCUGAACUGGCCCUUGAGCUCAGGACCGAAUCCUCCCUAUAUGGUAAUAUUGGAGUCACCACUCUUCACCAGGUCUAUCAUGAUGAAGAUGAAGAACGCAUCACGCAGGAUCGCAGGCGUGGCCGUGGUGACCCCUAAUGCGAGCCCACCCCAGGGCUUCUCCCCACACACAACCUGCCCCAAUGAGAACACAGGUGUGUACUCGGAGAAGUAUGGUGCCGACCUGGCGAACUGUAACACGACGGUGUGGAACCCAUUGGGGAACGGCCUCUCCUACGAGGAGUUUGACUUCCCCAUCUUCUCCCUGAAAGAAGACAACCAGACAGAGGUCAUAAAGCAGUGCUACUUCCAGCACAACAGGCCGGAGAACAACAGCGCUCCGGUGUACCCGCUGUGCGCCAUGCAGCUCUACUCCCACAUGCAUGCCGUCACCGACACCGCCACCUGCAUGAGGCGGAAUGACAUCUUCAGUAUCAACCCAGAGAUGAUGUGCGACCCCCUGGGUGACUAUAAUGUGUGGAGCACCCUCCGGCCAUACAACAACUCCAUCAACGGCCACAAGGAGAAUGAGACUGUGGUGCUGGCAGCGGCCAGGCUGGACAGCAGGUCAUUCUUCUGGGACGUUGCCACGGGAGCCGAGGGCAGCAUCUCUGGGUUUGUCACUCUGCUGGCGGCUGCCCAAGCCCUGCGUGAGGUCACUGUGGUGGCCCCGCCCACGCGGAACAUUCUCUUUGCCUUCUUCCAAGGGGAAGCCUUUGACUACAUCGGCAGCUCUCGAAUGGUAUACGACAUGGAGAACAACAAGUUUGUCAUUGACCUGGACAACAUUCACUCCAUACUGGAAGUCGGGCAGGUGGGGGUUCGCAGUGGCUCCAACCUUUGGCUCCACUCUGACCCAGUGUCCAGGAGCAACGCCAGCGUCAACACAGAGGUGAUGGAUAUGGUGACCAAACUGGGCACAGCCGCCGCUGGGCUCAACUUCUCAUUGACAGAGCCCACUGUCUCUCAGCCUCUCCCUCCCUCCUCCCUCCAGCGCUUCCUGCGAGCUCGGCCUAUCCCAGGCGUGGUGCUGGCAGACCACCAAUCGGCUUACAACAACAAGUAUUACGAGAGUGUCUAUGACAAUGAUGCCUACCUCAACCUGACCUACCCUGCAGGCCUGACCCCAGAGGAAAAGCUAGAGUAUGAGACCGAGACUGCCAAGGCCCUGGCGGAGGUGGCGACCAUGGUAGCUCGUGCUCUCUACCUGCAGGCUGACGGAGACGCAGCGCAGCUCAACAACAUCGUCGCCGACCCCAAGAUGGUCACCCAGAUGCUGUACGGUUUCCUGGUCAAGUCUGACAACAGCUGGUUCCAGGCUCUGUUGGCUCCUGAGCUGAAGUCUCUCCUGCAACCCAGCCCACCGGAGUACUACGUCGGAGUCACCAUGUCGGCAAGCUCCAUAGUCAACACCCCCACCCGUCUGGUCCAGUACAUCCUGGCCAACCUGACAGGGAACGCCACCAGCCUGAACCAGACUUCCUGCCAGAAACCAGACGACCUGGAGAACGAGAGCAAACACCUGUACUCCUACCUCUGGGUGCAGGGCACGGUGCCCCCCAACGGCACGGAGAGGGAGGGCUUCUGCGUGCGUUCCUCGGUGCGCCUCGCCCGAGCCCUGUCUCCGGCCUUUGAGCUGGGGGAGUACUCCUCCUCAGCGUACUCCACGUGGACCGAGUCCCGCUGGAAGUUCAUCAAAGCCCGCAUAUUCCUGGUGGCGAGCCACGACCUGGAGAUGCUGACGCUGGGCGUGGGAGUGGCGGUGUUGCUUGCCUCUCUCCUGGUGACGUACUUCGUCAGCUCCAAGGCAGACGUGCUGUUCAGCUCGGCGCGGGAGCCCGGCAACGCAACCUACUGAUGCACGCCCCUAGCUCCUCCCAAACCCCUCCAGGCACCUGCAAACCCGGUGGCCAGCAACCUACUCUCUCUCUACCGCUACCUAACAACUGAAGAAAACCGAUUUUUUAAACAUACUAUUGGGUACACAAGUGCAAAACUGAUUAUUUGGAAACUCUUGCCGAUGGACUCGCACAGUUAAGGUUUAAUAUGGGACUAGACUUGGCCCGGAAUGGAUCUGGAGUCAUCAGGGUCAGGUUGCACUGGUGUCAGCCUGCCGGCCACCAGUGUGAAAGAUGUUCAUAUAUUACUUUUUGUUUGUCAAAGAAUGUUUUGUUUACUGUACAAUGGGAGUAGGCACAAAGUUCUGUUUGACCCGGUGAAAAUGUAUUUGUGUGUGUGUGUAUACGUGUGUUUGAAGUUGUGUGUCUUGAUAGGUGAGCAAAUGAGUGUGUGUGAGCUGGAGUGUAUGUGAGAUUGCAGUAGGAUGUGCAAUAGCUCUUCUGUCUGUAGCAUAAUGAUCAUGUCCUUUGUUAUGAGAUUGACACAUUUUCUUUGUAGAUUUGGGGUUGAGCCAAAUGACCACUACACAUUCAAAAUUGCAUAUGGAUAUACAGAUGCACUGUAUUGUCCACUUUUGAUCCUUAGAGUAUUUUCUUUUUAUAAUUAUAUUAUUACCUUAAAGAAUUGGAGUACAUCAUGGCAGAAGUGUUUAUGUGUUGAUGACAUUUUGUUUUAUGAUCAUUUCUGACCAACUGGGAAAUAUGUGUGAUUAUUGCCUUGAUAACAAAAUAAACAUGGCUUCUUUUCCAAA